AUGCAACUUGUCAAAGAGUUUUUUAAGCUUAUGCAGAGUGAGUUUGAGAUGAGCCUAAUGGGGGAGUCGAAUUACUUCCCAGGUCUUCAAAUCAAGCAACUCGAUGAAGGCACAUUCGUUUGUCAAACCAAUUAUUGUAAUAACUUGCUAAAGAGAUUUGGCAUGGAAGAUGCAAAAUCGAUUGACACUCCGAUGCCUACAAACGGUAACUUGGAAAGGAAUGAAAAUGGUAAGGAUAUUGAUGUGAAAAAGUAUAGAGGUAUGAUUGGUUCUCUUCUAUAUCUCACUGCAUCUAGGCCAUAUAUUAUGUUUAGCGUCUGUAUGUGUGCUCGUUAUCAACUGAUUCCUAAGGAAUCACAUUUAAAAGUCGUUAAACACAUUCUUAGGUAUCUUUAUGGUACUUCUAAGUACGACCUUUAG